AUGGAACGUGAAGAGUUCGGCAAUAUAUAUGAAAACAUGGAGAGUGCUAGACUUUAUGCACUUCCAAAUUUGGAAGACCCAAAAGGGGAAGGAGUUUAUGACCAGAUUGAGGAAGACUCGCUGUCCCCUUCUCUGACUGUUACUCUAGAUGGGGUGUUCGUAAACUGUACAAAGAGCCCAGAGAACAGCCACAGCAGCUCGGUCUCCUCUCAGCAUGGGUAUGAUGGGGGAGAAGAGUCUGAUUCUUCCCAGCAAGAUGCUUCAGAAGACCAACAACACCAGGAGGAUAUUCAGCUGCUGAGCCCAAGAGAGGGUGACCAAAGUACAGCAAGAAUGGCAUUUGAAAACAAAGUCACGGCUUUGGCUGAUUCCAGUCAAAAGAAGAUCCAAGGCACAUCCAAAAACUUCUCCACUACCAUCAGGUUUCCACACUACAACUCAGAAGAAAACAACAACGUUCCGGAAGCGGAUCAUGAAAUUUCCCUCAUUGUCAAGGCUGGUGUAGAUGGAGAAAGCAUUGGGAACUGUCCUUUCUCACAGCGUCUCUUCAUGAUUCUGUGGCUUAAAGGGGUUGUGUUCAAUGUUACCACAGUUGACCUGAAAAGAAAGCCAGCAGAUUUACAUAAUUUGGCUCCUGGGACCCACCCACCCUUUCUGACUUUCAAUGGAGAAGUCAAGACAGAUAUCAACAAAAUUGAGGAAUUCUUAGAGGAGAUCCUUUCACCUCCAAAGUAUCCAAAGCUGGUGGCCAAGCACCGUGAAUCCAACACUGCGGGGAUCGAUAUCUUCUCCAAAUUCUCGGCGUAUAUAAAAAAUACCAAGCAACAGGACAAUGCCAGUCUGGAGAGAGGCUUAACCAAGGCUUUGAAGAAGCUGGAUGACUACCUGAGACAUCCUCUGCCUGAAGAGAUAGAUGCCUGCAGCACAGAGGAGGAGAAGGUAUCCAAACGCAAGUUCCUAGACGGGGAUGAGCUGACCCUCGCGGACUGUAACCUGCUGCCCAAACUUCACGUUGUCAAGAUCGUCACAAAGAAAUAUCGAAACUAUGAGUUCCCAGCGGAGAUGACGGGACUUUGGCGAUACCUAAAGAACGCCUACGCCCGGGAUGAAUUUAUCAAUACUUGCGCCGCCGACAAAGAAAUUGAAAUUGCAUACGCAGACGUAGCCAAACGGGUCAGCAGAUCCUAAUCGAAACCCACAAGACCUAAUUCUCCAGAGGAUUCUCAUUUCGUAUUCUUCUUUGUGAGGCCUUCAGAUACAUCUAAUAUAAUGCAUAAUAUAACAUAAUUACACGAUCUGGGUGGCAUCUCUAUGAUUUCUGCUGCUCAGUUUUGACAGCUAGAAAUAUACGUGCCUCUUCCCGGAGAAAAUGUAAUGCAAUCGCAGGGCAGGGCAGAAAGCAUUUCUGAAAUCUGUGCCGAUGAGCUGGAAACAAACGUUAUAAUUUAUUUUCAGUGUUUUGUGAAAAAAAAUCUGUAAGAAUUUUCUCUGAUUAUCAGUCAUCUGCUCAAAAAGCACAUUCUUUAGCUGAAAAUUUCAAUGUUAAGCGGAUCAGAAAUGUAAAAGUACGAUUUGAGUUGGGGGUUUGGUGUGCCCUUGGCAUGGAUCCCUGGCACGGUCUAUCGGAGUGGGAACGUGGAAGGGAAAAAACUGGAUUAAGAAAGAGGCCUUUGUCGUAAAGGAGUAUAGCUUUAGGAGAUACAUUUAGAAAGCUCUUUGAAAAUGCGUAUUGUUCUCAGAUGGCUAGGAGAACAUAGGAAUGAGAGGUCUGUGUUAGUGGGAAAGCCCUCACUGAAGGCUGGACUUUGUAAAGUGUAGAUUCCUACACUUUUGCUCAGUGCGAGGCCCAAGGGCUGGAAACGAUGAAUGAUUUAUAUUUACAUUCACGAUUAAAGGAUGUUGGGAGGAGCAGUGUUGGUAGAAAAGGUACCUAGAAAAGGUAAGAGGGUGCUCAGACAUGACACGUUCAGAGACACCUUAAACAAACCGUCACAGUGGAGUCUAGAUUCGAGCUCAGGAGCACCUUAGAAACCAAUGAGAUUUUCGGGGAACGAAUUUUCGAGAGUCGGAGCUCCCUUUGUCGGAGAGGGCAUCGUGAACCGUAUCUUUGCCAACAUAUCUCUAAGCACCUAGCUAAGCAAGAGGGGAGUGCAAUAGGAAUCGGAUGCCUCGCGUGAAUUCCGGGAUUUUAAAAAAUAUAUAUUAGUUCUUUUUCUGUCCUUCAGUGUUGUUGUUUGGUCUGAAAAUCCUGGAGAUAGUAUAGGUGUCCUAAAACGGCCGGUUUCCCGCUUCUUGUCGGGGAACUCGGCAGGUAUGCAAGAGCCAUCCCAAGGCUGGUGGCUCGUCUCAAUCUUUCCGACUUUGCACUUUUAGGGGUUAAUCUGUGCUCACAUACUGAUUUCCCGAAAUUGAUUACAUAUACACAUAUUUUUGCUGCAUCCAGCUAUCCUACUAUUGCUUUUAAAUGUGUUGAUUUCUCCCCCACCCCACCCCACAAAAAAGACGAGCUCUUCACUUAGGUUCCAUUUGAAAACCCCAAUUUCAGUCUGAACCGCACGUAGCAGAAUUCAGCAAUGUACAUAUUAGCGCCCCUAAUGUCCUGAUCGUUUUCUUUAGGAAAUUUUAGGGAACAUGUUAGGAAAGAGCGAGGCCUGUGUUUUAUAGAGCAGAUGAAUGUCCCAUUUGUGACCCCCUCCCCCGGGUUAUUAGCCAGCCGAUUUCACAGAAGAUCUUUUGUGGGACUUAGUACAGAGGGACCUGAGCUCAAAUCUGCAGUCAGCCGUGAAGCCCCCCCACCCCCACCCCACCCCGUGGCCUGAGGCUCUCUCUCCAGUCGCUUCUGCCCUGGGGACGAUUCCUUGUUCUGCUCUAAUUACUGCUGUGAAUGUGAAGACAUUUGCAGCAGCAGCUCUCCUUUCCUUCCCAUCCCCCCCCCCACUGGCAGGCUUUUUGCCCUUUUAAAACAACUGUCAAUCAUGGGGAUAUUGCAAUACUGUUAAAACACUACAGGACAUCUAACAAUAUAUAUGUAUUUUUGAAAGCCUGCCGGUGGGGUGUGAGUUGGGAAAUAGGAUAAAUCUUGGAAGACAAGGGGUGGAAAUCCACACCUUCCCAAGCCUCCUUUAGGUAUGGCCUUCCAGGAAAAUCCAGAAGGCUGGUGGAAGCACAACAACGUCAAAUUUAAACCUGCCGUGAUGGGGGGGGGAACGCACACAUGA